UUGCGGCGCGCAUGGCGCCGGCGGUCUCGGCGACGGCCGGAGCGAUGAAGGCCUAUGGCGAGGGACCCCGCUUGCAAGCGUGCGGUCCCCGCUAUUUGUCGGGCCUCGUUGCGAACUCUACGGGCAUGCCGAAAGCAGCGCGCAACUAGCCGCCGCCUGCUGAGAGGGCAGCCAGCCAUCGUCGUAUAAAAGACGGUGGCUCAAAAUUACUGCCUGCAGUGUGCCCACCUUGCCCUUGUCUUUUGCCCACACCUGCAGUGCCAGUGAUGCUGCAGGUGACUCCUCGAGUCAGCUUCCCAAUGAAUGACGCACCGCGCCGGAGCAAAAUCAUCAUCGCAUCAGCUGGCAUUGGCAUCAUGCUGCUUGGCGUGCUCACCAGGUACCUCAGGAGACGUUUUGUUGACUUCAAAAGUGCCGUCGUCAAUGGAGGCAAAGGUGUCUAACGUGGUGUGGUGCGGUCGGUGCCGAUGUGGACGCCGAACCAGCGUCCCUCGUGGGUCUAUGCGGGCACUGCAAGGCCCCACAGCUGCGGACCGGGCGUCGAUGGCUCACAUGGGACCCCAGCAGCUGGCCAGCUUGGGUCUGGACUCACUGGACCAAGUGAUCAGCUACUGGGAGCAGGCCUUGCAGCGGCUCAGAACAGGCGGCUCCAAUUCUGGCAAUGAGAUCCUGGCCACCAGCCUGGAAUUCCUGCUUGUGGAAGGCCAGCGGCUGCGGGGUGCUGCCCACUGGCGCCUGCUCGCCGAUGGACUCCCUCCUCUGGAUGAGCCGCAGCUGGCAGACUUCACCCCCUCUCUGGCCGACACCGAGAGUUUCGUCUCGGCCGAGGGCACAUCCGAUGUGGCAGUGGUGGCUGAUCUGGAGGCCAGCCAAAUUCCCCUGCUGGAGCAGUCGGCCCUGUACCUAGAGGCAUUGGAGCUGCUCGAGAAAGAAGGCAUCCCUUGCCGGACAUACAGGGCGGAUGUGGUUCGGUGCAGCUCGCGGGAAGACUACCUGGCGAAAAUCCACUGCAUACGCCUUGCAUUCAAGCGCCUCACAGAUCAGCCAGAUGUUCUCCAGUGGCUUAUAGAAGCAGCCAAUCAUAUUCUUGGUGGCUUCAUGCUGUGUGCUGGAAAAGACCCGAAGGAUGCGCUGAAUGCGUACCGUGAGCUGGUUGCCUACCUGCUGGACAGCAGCCACUGCGACCAAAUUGCCAAGGAGCUGCAGUACAAAGGGGUGGUGUGCCCAACAGUGUAUGAUGUCGUGAUUGACUAUGUCCUCCUGGACGCCUUUGAUGACUUGAGCAGCCCGCCGCAGUCAGUUGUGGCUGUUAUCCAGAACCGGUGGCUGACCGCAGGGUUCAAGGAAACAGCACUGUCCGCGGCAAUUUGGUCUCUCUUCAAGGCCAAGAAAGGGCUGCUUCCUUUCUCUCAUGGCUUCUUCUCGCACUACUACGCCCUGAUGGAACAAAUUGUGCCCGUGCUUGCCUGGGGCUUUCUGGGUACUGACAAUGACCUCAAGGAUAUGUGCAAGUUUUUCAAGGAUGAAGUGGAAGCGCUUGUGUGCGACAUGUUUGACCCGAGCCGCAGCCGCUAUUCAAGCGUGGAUGACCUAGCGCAGGACAUUCUGCAGAACAGCCAGCUCCACUACGACCGUCUCUGCCAAGCCCUGGCUGGAGCCCUGCUGCCCGACUCGGUGCCCCCUUGACGACUGGCGCCACCUAGCAGGGCAUCGACUGGUCUAGACGGCACAGCUCCCGUUUCCAGCGGCCUCGCGCCAGCUUUCUCUUCCACCCCAUCCAAGGGUCGCCAUCAACACCGCGACCAUUCCUGCUUAACGCAAAAGUGAUAGUUAGAACUUGAAUGUGUAGAUGCCUUUGGGCAAGUUUCGUUGACCACCUGUGAUCAUUGAGCAUAGGAGAAUAAUAAAAGGACAUUGCGAGA